AUGAAGGGUCAUACACUAAGCCGUUUGCUUAGGCGUUUCCUAUAUUCGAGAGGAGCAUUUAGAGUCGCACAAACGACCAUCUCUUCAGAGUUGUCAACAAGUGUCAGAUACAUUGCAAGACACAACAGUCUAUAUCGACAAAAGAUCAGCGGACUCAAUAACACACGUCCUGUUAACCGCGAAGAUAAGGAAUUGCCUGAUGUCACUGACCAACGCUUCCACCAGCUGGAUUCAGGAAAUGGUCGCGGGUUCAACAAUUCCGAGUCCAGUCAACUUCCUAUGAGACUGAGGGAGUGUUUCCUUGCUGCGAGAGCGUACUUAGCGGUAGCUGAUGAGUUCCAAGACAACGCAUUGACAGAGCAGGUUGAGCAGGAACUAGAACAAUGUGUUUUACUUCUGGAUGAAGUGGCGUCUGUUGCUUCGUCAGAUGAUCAGACGAUUGCAAGCUAUGAAACCAAGCAUUCGAAGGGCAAAAGAAAGCGAGGUUCUAAGGACGGGAGAUCUCCACAAUCCAGGUUGAAACUGCGACUUGAGGCUGCCGAGCACCAAACGAAAAGCGUUUUGCUUCAAAGCAUGGUUUUCAGCCAGAUUGCUUCCCGAGCAGUCCCGCAAACACUGCAUUGCCUCUCUCUCCGACUAACACUCGCAUGGACCAGCAGCCGUGAUAACAAUAGCAUCUCCGAGCCAGGGGAUGCAAGGCUUCGUAAUCCCUCGCUCUAUCAUUAUGCAAUCUUCUCUGACAAUGUUAUAGCUGUCGCGGUCGUCUUGAAUUCAACGGCAAUGAAUGCCCAUGAGCCCUGGAAGCACGUGUUUCACAUUGUGACGGAUCGAAUGAACUACGCGGCUAUGAAGGCAUGGUUCACGCUGAAUCCUCCAACAGGAGGGAUGGCAUGGGAGGUACGGAGUUUACACGAAUACCCGUGGAUUAACCCCGUAAACAUCCCAGUGCUUCGUCAAAUUGAGUCUGACGCUAUGAGAGACUACUACUUCAGAACCGCGAUGGGUCCUCGCGUUGCUGGAAAUCCUGGGAAGGAAGACUACAUUGACUUGAAAUAUCGAAACCCAAAGUACUUGUCGAUUCUCAACCACUUGCGUUUCUACCUUCCAACAAUAUUUCCAGACUUGAGCAAGAUUCUCUUCCUCGAUGAUGACGUGGUCGUUCAGAAAGACCUAACAGAGAUUUGGGAGGUCCCUAUGCAUGGGAAGGUGAAUUUGGCGGUAGAAACAUGUGGCAAAGUCUUCCAUCGAUUCAAAACCUACUUGAACUUUUCAAGUCCCCUCCUGAACCAGUAUGAUCCUGAAGGAUGCGGCUGGGCAUACGGAAUGAACCUUUUCGAUCUGGACGCGUGGAGGGCUGGAAGUUACACAGAAAAGUAUCACUACUGGCAACAGCAGAACGAAAAUCGCCAGGCUCCAACCAUGCUCAUCUUGAGCAAACCUAAAGCUCCUCCAAGUAUCGCGACAGCCCUCCAGAUGCUGCUGUCUGAAUGA